AUGGAAGAUAACACCGGUGUCAACGAAGGAACCAUCAAGGAGCAAGACAGGUUGCUCCCAAUAGCCAACUUGGGGCGGAUCAUGAAGCAAACCCUCCCUCCCAACGCAAAAAUCUCAAAGGAAGCUAAAGAAACGAUGCAAGAAUGUGUCUCAGAGUUCAUUGGCUUUGUGACCAGCGAAGCAUCUGAGAAGUGCCGGAAGGAGAGGAGGAAGACCGUGAACGGCGAUGAUAUUUGCUGCGCUAUGGAGACGCUGGGUUUCGACAAUUACGCUGGUCCGCUAAGAAGGUAUUUGCAUAGAUAUAGGGAAUUAGAAGGAGAUAAAGCUAAUCAAGACAAGGUGAUGAGCAACCCUCAACAGUAG